AGGGAGGCGAGGAAGGGAGGCGAGGAACGUGGGAGGUAUGCAGGGAGGCGAGGAACGUGGAAGGUAUGCAGGGAGUAUGUAGGGAGGCGAGGGACGUGGAAGGUAUAUGCAGGGAUGCGAGGGACGUGGAAGGUAUGCUGCAGGGAGGCGAGGGACGUGGAAGGUAUGCAGGGAGGUAUGCAGGGAGUUGAGGGACGUGGAAGGUAUGCAAUGAGGCGAGGAACGUGGAAGGUAUGCAGGGAGGCGAGGGACGUGGAAGGUAUGCAGGGAGGCGAGGGACGUGGAAGGUAUGCAGGGAGGCGAGGGACGUGGAAGGUAUGUAGGGAGGUAUGCAGGGAGGCGAGGGACGUGGAAGGUAUGCAAGGAGGCGAGGAAUGUGGAAGGUAUGCAGGGAGGCGAGGAAUGUGGAAGGUAUGCAGGGAGGCAAGGAACGUGGAAGGUAUGCAGGGAGGCGAGGAACGUGGAAGGUAUGCAGGGGGCGAGGGACGUGGAAGGUAUGCAGAGGGACGUGGAAGGUAUGCAGGGAGGCGAGGGACGCGGAAGGUAUGCAGAGGGACGUGGAAGGUAUGCAGGGAGGCGAGGAACGUGGAAGGUAUGCAGGGAGGCGAGGAACGUGGAAGGUAUGCAGGGAGGCGAGGAACGUGGAAGGUAUGCAGGGGGCGAGGGACGUGGAAGGUAUGCAGAGGGACGUGGAAGGUAUGCAGGGAGGCGAGUGACGUGGAAGGUAUGCAAGGAGGCGAGGAACGUGGAAGGUAUGCAGGGAGGUGAGGAACGUGGAAGGUAUGUAGGGAGGUAUGCAGGGAGGCGAGGGACGUGGAAGGUAUGCAGGGAGGCGAGGAACGUGAGAGGUAUGCAGGGAGGCGAGGAACGUGGGAGGUAUGCAGGGAGGCGAGGAACGUGGGAGGUAUGCAGGGAGGCGAGGGACGUGGAAGGUAAGUAGGGAGGCGAGGAACGUGGAAGGUAAGUAGGGAGGCGAGGAACGUGGAUGGUAUGCAGGGAGGCGAGGAACGUGGAUGGUAUGCAGGGAGGGAGGCGUGGAAGGUAUGUUGCAGGGAGGCGAGGGACGUGGAAGGUAUGCUGCAGGGAGGCGAGGGACGUGGAAGGUAUGCAGGGAGGCGAGGAACGUGGAAGGUAUGCAGUGAGGCGAGGAACGAGGGAGGUAUGCAGGGAGGCGAGGAACGUGGAAGGUAUGCAGGGAGGCGAGUGACGUGGAAGGUAUGCAGGGAGGCGAGGAACGUGGGAGGUAUGCAGGGAGGCGAGGGACGUGGAAGGUAUGCAGGGAGGCGAGGAACGUGGAAGGUAUGCAGGGAGGCGAGGAACGAGGGAGGUAUGCAGGGAGGCGAGGAACGUGGAAGGUAUGCAGGGAGGCGAGGAACGAGGGAGGUAUGCAGGGAGGCGAGGAACGAGGGAGGUAUGCAGGGAGGUGUGGAAGGUGGAAGGUAUGCAGGGAGGCGAGGGACGGGGGAGGUUUGCAGGCAGGUGCUAAUUCUUUUGGUGUGGGCUAAUGAAUAACUCAAUUGAUAAUAUUAACACAUGACAAAGGGAGUGACCUGACAACCUCACAAUAACCAACUCCAAACUCAACUCAAAAAAAUGUUCU